AUGGGACACACAGACGCAGAUAGAACGAAUGCAGCGCUUUGCGGAAUCUUCAAACAGUGGGGUUGUCCACUAUCCAUCCAAAGUGACAACGGGCCGCCAUUCCAAAGUGCAGCCUUCACGAAGUACUGGGAAGACAAAGGAGUUAAAGUUCUCAAAUCAAUACCAUUAAGUCCUCAAACGAACGGCUCCGUAGAAAGACAAAAUCCUGGCAUCAUUAAGGCUCUGGCUGCCUCAAAAUUGGAGGGUUCAAAUUGGCGUCAUGCUCUGGAGGUUUAUGUACAUCAUCGCAAUACGCUGGUUCCACAUUCCAGAUUAGGUAUUACUCCGUUCGAGUUGAUGGUAGGUUGGAGAUACAGAGGAACCUUCACUAGCCUUUGGCAUCCUUCCAAAUCGGAGCUGGACCGUUAUGAUGUUCGCGAGCGUGACGAUUACGCUAAGCUGAUAAGUAAAAAAGAUGCGGAUGCAUCUCGAGGAGCAAAGAGUUCCGAUAUCCGAGUGGGCGAUAUAGUGCUCAUAACCCAACAUAAAAAGAGCAAAACCGAUGCAGCUUUUUCACACGAGCGCUUCCGGGUUAUCACAAGAGAUGGUGCAAAGCUGGUGCUGAUGAGCGCUAACGGUAUUCAAUACUCUCGUAGCGUUAACGAUGUCAAAAAGGUGACCUCACUCUCAGCGGCAUCCAAAAAUCAUCACAUCGAUAUUCAGUCCAAUAAUCGAGACGAAAUCCUGGACCUUCCUACAGCGGAAAUUUUCGAUGGUACAGGCGAUGAAAGUUCAUCUAACAGCGACCUGGAUAAAGAUAUCGGAAAACUCCGAAAUUUGGCAACUGCAGCCAAGAAUCUCCGCAAACGAAGUCACAUUCAACGACCCGUUCGAUAUGACGAUAAUUUUAUUUACAGCAUCUUCGGUUGA